AUGGCACAAAUGAAAAGGUCGUUAGUAGAGGCGAAAAAGGGUGGAGGAAGGCCUUGCUUAGCAGCAGGCUUGGAGGCUGGAGCAACUUCACAUGAUAGGGCAAGAGCAGGAGAAGAAGAGAUUGAUGAAGGAGAUGGUGAAGAAGUUGUCGGAGAUGGCAAUGACCGAUGGGGAAGCAGGCAGGCAGGCAGGCAGGCAGGCAGGCAGGCAGGCAGGCAGGCAGGCAGGCAGGCAGGCAGGCAGGCAGGCAGGCAGGCAGGCAGGCAGGCAGGCAGACAGACAGACAGACAGGCAGACAGGCAGGCAGGCAGGCAGGCAGGCAGGCAGGCAGGUAGGCAGGCAGGCAGGCAGGCAUGCAGGCAGGCAGGCAGGCAGGCAGGCAGGCAGGCAGGCAGGCAGGCAGGCAGGCAGACACAUGGGCAUGGCUUUGGUCCUGACGAUGUCAACGUGGCAGAAUAUGUAGUUCAGUCAGCGACAACUUCUAGAAGGUGA